AGCCGCGCACGCGCACAGACCACCCACCACCACCCUCAGCCACAGAGACCAUGCCCUCGCCCGUAGCUAGCAGCAGCAGCGUCUCCGCCCCGCAGUCGCUCCUGUCGGUGCAGCGCCCCGCGCUGUCGCCGCGCAAGCGCAAGCUCAGCGACGCCUCCGUGGCCGAGGCCGCGUCCCCCACGUCGCUCGACGAGGUCGCCGGCUCGCCGCUCGAGGAGCGCGUGAUCUCCCCCAAGAAGAAGGCCCGCGCCGAGGAGCGCGCCAGCAGCAGCAGCGACCUGAGCAAGUGGGAGAGCCACGUGGUGGCCAGCAUCGCCAGCGCGCUGGACCUGGACUGCAUCGACGACAAGCAGAGCAGCAGGAGCAGUAGCAGCAACAUCAAGCCCAUUGCGUUCUCGGCCGCGCCCGCGGGCGACCUGGCCGCGGACGAGCUGCAGAUCCUGCGCCACUUCUUGGCAUGAGCGCGUCCGUCCGUACCCGGUGAAGCUACCUUGACAAGCAAGAGUGCAAGCAUGCAAGCUCACGCGCAGCUUCCCGUUGCCGCUCGCCAACAGGCAGGUAGGCAGGCCUCAAGAACCACCACGGCCGCCCGGCCAUCCAGCCAACAAGCUGUUAAUGCAACAGCAGCAACAGCAGCAGCGGCGACGGCGGUGACAGCACCAACUCGGGUCGCCGCACCGACCUCUGCCGAUAGACGCAGCGGCGGCAGACCCCGGCAGUGCCGCCAACGAACAGUACAAUAGCCGAGGAUAGUAUAGAGGCGUAACAGUCUUCCUACUACGUAGUAUUUAACACGCGACGAGCAUUUUCGCAUCUUG